AUCCAGUCGUUUCGUGUGACAGGGAAUUUCUUAUUCGAAAGAAACAUCAUUAUUUAACACGUGUGCCAUUGUUCUCAAAACUUCCGAUAAAAAUGUCAGACAACGAAACUCUUAAACCAUCCGCCGAUCAAGAUUCCCUUCUAACCGAAACGUCCAGUUCUAACCAAGAGGACACCGUAAAAGAUAUGCCUAAAACCGAUACCUGUAAUGUAAUUGCCUCGAACGAAAAUCAAAAUGUAUCCGUACAAGAUGUCGAGUUGGAGGUUUCACGUUGCACAGAAGACGAAACCGUAGAGGUGCCCACGAAGGAAAUAACCGUGCCUGUCGUUGAAAAUGUACAAAUUGUUGGCGAAACCACGAGCGAGUCUGUACAAACAAAGAUGGAAAAUCAUUUGUCCUUUGAAAUCAUAGAAAACGAGCAUUCUCAAAAAGUUCCGGAAAUUCGGCAACAAAUUUCCAUCGGUGCUGGAGAUAUCUGUAUCGUGAAGCAAGAUGAAAGUGUGGAUGUUUCAAAAUUUGAAAAAGCUACCGAUGAAAUUGCACCACGAAGUGACAAGUCACCUGCGGAAAAUGACAAGAAUACGACUGAAAGUGAACCCACGAUAUCGAUACUCAAGAAGGAAGUUCAGAAAGCGUUGGAGGAACGUGACGCUUAUCAGAAGAAAUUCGAAAUGACAGAGAAAAAGUUGGCCGCGUUGCAAUCUUCGUACGAUGCUUUAAUGAAAGGCGAUGGCGAUGAUGCGAUGCUCCGUCGUAUGGUGGACCAAUUAAAGGGCAAAUUAAUCCAGACCUCGUUGCAAUUAGAAGAUCGAAUUCGUAUUGCUUCGAAUCAGGAGAAGCAAAUUAGCGCGUUGAACAAUCAGGUGGCCUCGUUGAAAGAAGUCGAGUCCCUUACAAGAAGUCUCUUGCAAAUUCGAAAUAUGGAAGUGAAACAUUUGCAGGUGGAGGUGGACGAUAUGGAAGUUCGAAUCACCGAGGAACGUGAACGGUACAACACGAUGAUCAAUAAAAUGGACUCUGCGGUGAAAUUGAACGCAGACUUGAAGAAAGAAUACGAGACGCAAUUAUGCCUUUUCCGUGAUCUACGAGAAAAAUACGAGGAGAAGGUUUCAUUAUUGUCGGAGGAGAAACGUGCUCUAGAAGCUAAUGCACAGUCUGUCCCUAAAUAA